AUGGCACCCAAAAGUCAUCUACUCCCCAAUAAAAUCAAGCCAUUUAUCAUUGUUUUUGUUGUGGCAGUCAAUGCAGGCUGCAAAAUUAAUGCAGCAGUAGAAAGUCCCAAGGCCAAGGAAUAUGAGAAUGAUAGAGUAAUAAAAUUGCCUGGCCAACCAAAUGUUAGUGUGUCACACUUCUCAGGGUACAUCACAGUUAAUGAAGCUCAUGAGAGGGCCCUUUUCUAUUGGUUCUUUGAGGCUCAAUCUCACCCAAUCAACAAGCCUCUUCUCCUCUGGCUCAAUGGAGGGCCUGGUUGCUCAUCAAUUGGAUAUGGGGCAGCAGUGGAGUUAGGCCCUCUUAGAGUUGGUAAAAAGGGGGAUGCACUUGAAUUUAAUAAAUUCUCUUGGAAUAAAGAAGCCAAUUUGCUGUUUUUGGAGUCUCCAAUAGGAGUUGGGUUCUCAUAUACCAAUACCUCUGAUGAUUUCUAUGACUUAAAUGAUUCAUUUAUAGCUGUGGAUGCCUACAACUUUUUGGUUAAAUGGCUUGAGAGAUUCCCACAAUUCAAGAGUCAUGACUUUUACAUCUCAGGGGAGAGUUAUGCAGGUCAUUAUGUGCCUCAGCUAGCCGAACUUGUGUACGACCGGAACAGGAUGACGACCGUAUAUCCAUACAUCAACCUCAAAGGAUAUAUAGUAGGGAACCCUGAGACGAACGAUUAUUUCGAUUCUAAAGGGAUAGUCGAGUAUGCAUGGAGCCAUUCAGUUAUAUCAGACGAACAGUAUGAUAACAUUAGACGAGCAUGCGAUUUCAGGUUCGACAACUGGUCUCGAGAAUGUAAUAAAGCCACAAAUGCAGUUUGGAAGCAGUACAAGGAGAUUGACAUCUAUAACAUUUAUGCUCCUUCGUGCCUUACUAACAACAACAAAACAUCACAAUCUCACGCCGAUGAAUAUAACAAUUUGUCGAACGCUAAGGUGCAUUAUUACUAUCAAAGGUUCAAUCGAUUAAUCCCCGGAGGUUAUGAUCCAUGCUAUUCACAAUACACUGAAGCCUAUUUCAAUAGGAUUGAAGUUCAACGUGCAUUGCACGUAAAAUCGAGAGGGCUUAGUGAUACUGUGGAAUGGAAAGUAUGCAAUGAUACUCUGUUUAGAAGGUACAACUACACUGUCUUUUCCAUCUUGCCCGUAUACGAGAAACUCGUCAAAGCAGGCCUAAAAAUUUGGAUUUACAGUGGUGAUGCAGAUGGUAGAGUCCCUGUUAUAGGCUCGAGAUACUGCGUUGAAGCUCUUAAAUUACCUCUCAAGACUCCAUGGACCACUUGGUUUUAUGAUCACCAGGUAGCAGGAAGAAUAGUAGAGUAUGAAGGGGUGACGUUAGUGACGAGCCUCAGAGCCUCUCCACCCAGCCUCCAUUGCAACUCCACGGCCCAACACAACACGGCGAGAGUAGGAACUGCGCCGCCUCCACGGCUCCACCUCAGCCUCAAUUAUAAGAACAUCCUCCGAUUCCUCGGCUCUCGUCUCUCGCCUCUCGCCCAGCUCUCGACAUCCCCAAAGUGUCUGCUCCUCGGUCUCUCUACCAGAAAACUCCUGCUCGUCGACUCCAAAGGUAACAUUUUGUUUUUAUUUUGA